AUGUUGGACUACAAGAAAGACCUAUUGCCUGCGUUGAAACAAGACACUCCCUCUGUCUCUCCCACUCUAACUGUCUCCCAGCGAAUGCUCAGUGCCUGCACUGGCUCUCUAUUGACCUGUAUGAUCCUAACUCCAUUUGAUGUCGUGAGAAUCAGAUUGCAACAGCAGCAUCUCAUCUCCUUAUCUGCCCUAGUGGACUGUGGUUUGCCCAAGCACGUCUGCUGCCAACACAAAACAUUGUUCUGGCAGUCCUCCAAUUCCUCCAUAAAGGACUAUUGCUCGAGCUACUUUGCGGUGAGACAGUCGAAAUUGAAUGGCACAUUCGAUGCUUUCAAUUACAUCUACAAAAACGAAGGGUUGCUAUCGCUCUGGAGAGGCAUCUCUUUGGCUCUAAUCAUAUCGGUUCCUGCAAAUAUCAUCUAUUUCACUGGCUACGAAUACUUGAGAGAUCACUCUCCUCUCAAAGAUCGCUACCCAUCCAUAAAUCCUCUUAUAUCCGGUGCUUUUGCAAGAACUUUAGCUGUAUCAAUAAUAAGUCCAAUGGAAUUGCUAAAAACAAAAUUGCAGGCUAUACCCUCCCGUUCAAAUCAAUCUGCAGUCAAUAACAACCUAUUGAAAGACUUAUUAAGCGACACUUACUCCUCGGUUCAAAAAAACGGAAUAAAAUCUCUAUUCAGAGGUUUGGAAUUGACUUUAUUCAGAGACGUCCCAUUCAGUGCUGUCUACUGGUUUUCCUAUGAAUUUUCAAAAAAAAGAUUGUCCAAUUUAGACUAUUUUAAGAAAAACGAUACCAAUGAAACUGUCUUUAUCAGAUCCUUUUUAUGUGGCUCAAUCUCAGGAACAAUAGCUGCUUUUUUCACAAACCCAUUUGAUGUUGGUAAAACAAGAUUACAAGUCUCAGUCGAUGAAGACUUUAACCUGAAAAACUCAACAAAUCCGCUUGUUCGAAAAUACCAAAAUCCAAAUAUAAUCCUAAAAAAGGAAUCCAUGUUCAAAUACCUAUCCAAUAUCGUUAAGGAUGAAGGUUUUUCAGCCUUAUACAUAGGUUUAAUUCCCAGAGUUCUCAAAAUUGCUCCCUCCUGUGCUAUAAUGAUUUCGACCUAUGAAAUCUCAAAAAAAUUCUUUGGAAAUAAACAAUCUCACUAA